AUGGACGACGGGGAUGGGCAUGUGCCCAUUGUGGACAUAGACGUGGGCGAACUCCGCAAGUAUUUGGAGGCUCUGCUCCCUAUUGUCCUAGGCACCGACUCUGCAUCGGUCGCCUCGAUAUGGUCGCAGACGCGUACAGAAGACUAUGCCAAAACAUUUUUGCAAGACAACACAGUGCCAGUCCUUUUUGUCGAUCAGGUGGCAGAAGAAGAAGGUGCUGUCCAUUAUACCAUUGCACAAAAACCAACGUGGUCCGGCAAUCAAAGCUCUGUCGUGGCCCUGAUGAAGCGGCAAGCCACGUUGGACGCUCACGUACCGCUAGCGUCACAAAUACGUGUGGUCACUUUGCUUGGCGCUUGGUCUUCCGAUGUUUCGAAUCCGGAUGCAGUCCACCUCUUAGAAACACCGUAUGAAGCGCUAGAGCACGUCCUACACAACGUUAUGGCGCCAUGGGUCGAUGCCUACGUGGAGGGGCACCCUGAGGACAGGGAAGAAGAGAGUAAGACAGGCGCGCCUCUUGUCCGACGUAAGCUGUCUGAAUUGGAAUGGAGCUUGCGGCAUGUACAGCAACAUAUGGAGAUCCCACAGGUGGUUCUAAAUGUACAUCCCAUCAUCGAAGCCACAUGUGAACGUGUGGGUGACGAUGUCAGUGCGAAUGAUCUAGAGCCUGCAUCGUUGCUGGAAGACGAUGCGUUUAUCAAUCGGUUGCAUGCAGAUAUGAAUGGCUGGGUUCGUGCGGUACAGACAGUGACCAAACUGGAUCGUGAUGCCUCGUCAGGCACAGCACUUCAAGAGGCCAACUUUUGGGCGGCGAUGGAAAAUGCCUUGGACUCCAUGGACCGACAAUUGCAUGCGCCAGCCAUUACAUUGACACUGGAUGUGCUGACGCGCGCCAAACGAUUCCAUGCCACUGUGUCGUUCCAUGCCGAUACAGGCCUGAAGGAUUGCAUGGAGAAAGUGCAUGGCUACAAUACGCUGCUUAAGGAUCUGCCGCUGAAUGAUGUCGUGUCAGCCACGACCUUGGAAGGUCUAGCGGAAGCACAACGUACGGUCCUUGUCACGUUUACGAAGAAGCUGCGUGUAAGUACCUACCCCAUUCGCCGUUCGCUGGACUUUGUCGAGGCGCUAGGCCGUGAUGUGCGUGAUGCUCUCCUGAAAGUGCUGGGAAGCAUGAAACUCAUGCAACUCGUCUACACCACAUUUGCUGCGACCAUGGCCAUCGUCGACGAAAUGCUGGACGAAUGGGAAGAGAAUGUGAAAGAGUUUGUAUAUGUGGCGCGCAAUAUUACUCGCAAGCGUGGCGACAAGUUUAUUCCCAUCAAGAUUACGUCCCCCUUCAUGGCAUUACGUGCGCGAUUGGCCUACAUUGGCCGUCUUCGUCGUGCACAUGAAGAACUAGUGGAGAUGGUGCAUGUGGGUCGUUAUGGCAAGGCUCAGGGCGUAGAGGGCUCUGUGCAGGACAUUGAGCAUGCACUGGAUGGGCUACGUCAUAUUGAUGUGCUGGAUACGAGCGACAAAGGCACAGCGGCGCUGAGCGAAGCAGAGACCCACUACAAUGAGCGCGUUUCGCAUGUGGAGACUCGUCUCAUUGAGCAGCUACGUCAGCUCCUUCGGGAUGCACGAUCAGCGCGUGAGCGACUUCGUAUCUUGGCGCAUUUCAAUCGACUGUUUGUCCGGCCUCGCGUUCGUGCUGCUGUACAAGAGUAUCAAACGGUUCUCCUGCAAAGUGUGCGUACAGACCUUGACGCGUUGCGACGCAAGUUUCAGCAAGGGUACCGCCACUCAGAUGCCCACCUUGUGGGCCAGCUGCGACACCAAGCUGAAAUUGUAGGCGCUAUUGUUUGGGUCAGCGAAAUGGAGCGACAACUCCAACUGUAUCGGCAGCGUGUCCAGGAUGCGCUGGGAGAUGGCUGGACGGACCAUGUGGAGGGACAACGGCUGUAUGCCGAAAGCGAGGCGUUCCUGCAGCAGCUCGAUCCCCGCAAGUUGGUGUAUGCCUGGGCCCAGGAUAUGGGCCAUAGGGCCUCUCUGCCGCAGGGAUAUGUCCUUCAAGUGGUAUCGACGCGAGAUGGUGACGAAGAGCACAAAGCCUCGUCCGAUAAGCUUCUUGUGCAGUACGAUGCGCAUACGUUUGCACUUGCGGACGAAGCCCAUGCGCUAAUGAUGCUGGGCCAGGUGAUUCCACAAGCCCUGGUCAGCCUAUCGCGGGAUGCGCGCCGUCUCUUUCCGUACGUGCUGGCUCUGGACAGUGCCCUACACACCCUGCACAAAGUCACGUCCAGUUUGGCUUCGGUGCCUAUGAUGGCGUCUCUAUUGGCUCAGGCGCAGCUGGACACGCGAACGCACCUGGAAACGCUAAUGCUCUGCCGCUGGGAGCACCUACUUGAAGGUGCGAAUGGGUACGAAAACGAGUAUGUGACGGCGGUGGAUGCGCUGGGGAAGGCAGUUCUCCAGCUUGAAUCCCUCGCCGAUCAAGCGACGAGUGUCCAGGCGAAGCUGGAUGCGUUGCUGACGCAGCUGAAAACAUGCGAGUAUACCAAGGACGCCUUCCAAUCCACGCUGGCGUCCAUGCAGUCGCAGAUUUACGCCCUUACUCUUCAAGGGUUUGUCAAUCUCCCUGCCUUUGUAAACGCAUGGCAAGCGCGCGUAGACGAUGUGCUUGUGUCGCGCAUGGAAGAGGCUCUGACUGCGUUGUGUGCUAACCUCGACGAUCCAUCACAAUGGCGCGAGGAUCUCCCGAUCGUGCAUAUUGUUGUGCGUUCCAAUACACUGCAGCUUGACCCGCCUGUGGAGCAGGCACAAAUGUACUGGUUCCAAGCGUUGGGCUCGUGCUUGGAUACUGUGCUGCAGCAGGUGCAGCUCAACGUUACGUCUGAAGUAUGGACGCGUCAAGAGCAACGCGCUCGCACACUGCAAGGCCUCAUGGUGCGUCUACCGCCUGCUGCCUUGCAGGCGCCGCUGCAGCGUGUCCAACGUGCGAUGGAAGAGGCGCGGGCGUAUGCCGACCGAUGGUUGGCCCUGCAAGUGCUCUGGGACGUGGAACCCGAUACAGUCGCGCCCGAUGCGUCCAUGGAGACCUGGCUGUCGUUACUGUCCGAGAUCCGCACGACGCGCUCCUUUAUUGAAGCGCCAGCGAGGCGAUCAAAGGGUCUGAUCCAUCUAGAUGCGACGCUUGCGCAAUCACGUGUUCUUACUCGCUUUGAGGCAUGGUAUGCAGCCCUUGGAACGCGCUUUGCUGCCUACUUGCAUACGUGCCUCCGCGAUAUGCAUACUACGAUGACCACAUGGCGCACCACUCUCGAGCCUCUGAGUGCGAUGCACACCUCCACAACGCAAGUGGUCCAGCUGAUUACUAGCGUGGCACAGCUCACGCACGAGCUUCGGACAUGGACGCCGUAUGUGGACCUGCUCGCGCAGGGUCAAUCGCUGCUGCUGCAGCAGCGGUGGCCACGUCCCCAGGACUGGGUCUAUGCGGAGCAAGUAAAAGCAGAUCUAUCGACGUUGCGAGAACUGCAUGCUCAGAAGCAUGCUUCCAUUGAGGCCCAGCAAGAAAGCCUGCAUGUACGCAUGGCCCAGGAAACGCGCGCAUUGUCUGCGCAAGCCCAAUCCCUGCAGGAGGCCUGGGCGCAUGAACGGCCUAGCCAAGGUGCUGUGCCUGUGGCCGAGGCCCUACGUGUGUUGGGCGAGUACGAAGCCCGUGUGAGUGCGCUGCAAAAGCAGGCGGGUAUGCUAGCGGACGCACGCGAAGUCUUUGGCCUCGAAGCCCACGACGAAAGCAUCUUGAGCGUCGUGGCUGACGAGGUUACGCGGCUCAAGCAGGUAUGGAGUGCGCUCGCCGAGCUGUGGGGCGAGUUGGACGAACUUCGGCAGACGCCCUGGAGCCGCGUGCAAGUGCGUCAAGUGCGGCAGCGUUUGGAAUCCAUCCUGCGGUCCUGCCGUGCGCUGCCCAGUCGCGUUCGUGCGUACGAAGCAUACGAAACGCUGCAUGACCAUGUUCAGUUUUUGCUAACGCACAUCAAAGUGUUAGGCGAUCUCCAAUCCGAAGCGUUCCAAUCGCGGCACUGGCGGUCCUUGCAUACCAAUCUCGGCGCGCCCCGGUACGUGGCCAGCACGCAUACGUUGGGCGAUGUAUGGGCGCUCGAUUGGCACUUGCAUCUCACUACUAUCCAAGCCGCGAUUGCUGAGGCGCAAGGCGAGUAUGCGUUGGACGUCUACUUGCAGCAAGUGCGCGACGCAUGGACGGCGUACACACUAGAGCUGGUCGACUAUCGGCAUGAAUGCAUGCUUCUGCGUGGUUUUGAUACGAUUUUCCAGCUGGCACAAGAGCAUGCUGGCGGAUUGCAGGCCAUGGCGGCCAGCGCAUACUAUCGUACAUUUGAAGAAGAGGCGCACAUGUGGGAGGAGCGCGUAGCCCGCAUCCAUACUACGUUUGAUUUGUGGACCGAUGUGCAACGCCAAUGGGUCUACUUGCGUGGCGUAUUUAGUGCCGGUGCUGAUAUGGCGCAUAUGCUUCCUGUGGAGAGCGGCCGAUUCCAGAGCGUCAGCAGUGAGUUCUUGGCCCUGCUGAAAAAGGUCGUAAAGUCGCCACGUGUGCUGGACGUGAUCCAGAUUCCAGGGAUCCGUGGGUCGUUGGAGCGACUUACAGAGCUCUUGCAUCGAAUUCAAACAGCUUUGGGCGAGUACUUGGAGCGUGAACGCGCACGAUUCCCACGCUUUUACUUUGUGGGUGACGAAGAUCUGCUGGAUAUGCUGGGUCAUGGCCGCGAUGUCGUCCACGCCUCUAAGCAUCUGACUAAAAUGUUUGCGGGCGUCGCAUCAGUCGUGGUCGAGCAAGGUCAGAUCCAGGCGAUCCGUACGACAGCCGACGAAGUGGUCGAUCUGCAUACCCCGAUUCCUGUGCGCCAAGAUGUGCCUGUGCAUGUAUGGUUACAGGCACUUGAGCAAGGUAUGCCACAGACCUUAAAAGCACUGCUCCCGUCCGUCUUGGAGCGUGUUGAAGCUCUUGAUAUGAAUGACAAGGAUGCGCUUGCGGCGUUCUUGGCCAUGGCUCCAACGCAGCUGGUUCUGCUGGCUUGGCAAAUCGCAUUUGUACGUCGCGUGGAAGCGUGUCCGUCUCAGCCAGGACACUGGACAGCGAAGGACUUACAGCCUCUACAUGCAUGGAUCACGGCGCCCUGCGCACACCUGUCAUCGCUCGCAGGCGAUGUUGCUACGCUUCGUCGCCCAGCCGAACAAUGCCUAGCGCUGUUGCUCUUCCUCACUACGGUUCUCCACCAGAUCACGGACGCGUCGCCGUUUGUUUGGCAACAGCAAUUGCGUCAUUACUGGGACGGCACCGAGGUCCAUGUACGUAUGGCGUAUGCGUCCUUCACGUACGGCUUUGAGGUGUUAGGUGCACAAGAGCGCCUCAUCCCUACGCCACUGACGAAUGCAAGCUACAUUACGCUUACGCAGGCGCUCAAGGCACGGCAGGGUGGCGCGCCAUUUGGUCCAGCAGGGACCGGCAAAACAGAAACGGUCAAGGCUCUCGGUGCGGAGCUCGGUCGAUGGGUGUUGGUGUUCAACUGUGACCAGCAGUUUGAUGAGAGUGCGAUGGCUCGUUUGUUGCUGGGCCUGGCACGUGUCGGUGCGUGGGGCUGCUUUGACGAGUUCAAUCGAUUGGAUGAGCGUGUGUUGUCGAGUGUGUCACAGUCUAUGCAGGCCGUGCAGCAGGCAUUGGCGCAUGAGACAGAAGCUCGGAUUGGGUCGGUGCUUACGCGCGUCCAACCGUCUACAGGGCUCUUUGUUACGAUGAACCCAAGCUAUGCAGGGCGAUCGCAUUUGCCAGACAAUCUGGUGAAGCUUUUCCGCCGCGUAGCCAUGACGCAGCCAGAUUCCACCUUGAUCGUGGAAGGAUGGCUGCGUAUGCAUGGAUUUACUGAUGCCAGUUCGUUGGCAUGCAAGAUGGUGACGCUGUUCCAGCUGUGUAUGGAACAGCUGAGCGAUGCACCUCACUACGACUUUGGAUUGCGUGCGCUCAAAGCGGUACUGGUGGGCGCGGCUCAUGCACGUCGAUCGAACCCUGCAGAGUCGGAGAUCAAUGUAAUUGUGCAGAGCGUGCAAGAGACGGUGCCCCCACGCUUGGUAGCCGAAGAUGCGCCGUUGUUUGCCGAGCUGGUCGCGGAUGUGUUCCCUGGCAUUGCCCCCAGCUCUUCAAUGUCGAAGGACCUGGUACAGGCCCUGGAGGCCGAAUGUGAAGCACAGCAUCUCGGGACGGGUGCCUGGCUUGAAAAGAUAUGGCAGCUACAUCACGUUCUGGAUAUCGCACCAGGUGUGGUGUUGGUCGGUGAGGCUGGUACAGGCAAGACGCGGGCAUGGCGUACGCUCCUGCAAGCCCUGGAGCGCGUCGAGCAGCGUGCCGGUGUAGCCCAUGUAUUAGACCCGAAAGUGCUUAGCAAGGAAGCAUUGUAUGGUACAUGGGAUCCCACGACGCGUGAAUGGACGGAUGGUCUCUUUACCUAUACGCUUCGCCGCAUUCUCGAUCGUGCGUCGACACAGCGCCACUGGAUCGUAUUCGAUGGCGACUUGGAUCCGGACUGGGUCGAGACGCUGAAUAGUGUGCUGGACGACAAUCGACAGCUGACACUGCCGACCGGUGAACGUUUGCCGUUGCCCUCGAACGUCCGACUUCUCUUUGAGGUGGACUCAGUGGCGUAUGCGACGCGUGCCACCAUUACGCGAUGUGGUAUGGUAUGGUUCCCCAGCGAUGCUGUGACACCCGCUAUGCGUCAAUCGCAUACAAUGGCAUGCUUGCAAGCCGCCUCGACAGACGAUGAUACCCUUUCGACACUCUCAGCGGCGCCUGGUGUCAUUCCUGAGACGCAGCGGAUCGUGGUCGAGGCCAUUGAGGCAUACUGGGCGCCUGGCAGUGUAUGGGAUGUCGCUCGUGCGUCCGCACUGCGUCAUGCCCACUGCAUGGUAUGGAGCGAGGCACGUGCCUUGGCCGCUUGGUUGACGUGGAUGCGCCGCGCUAUCCAGCGCGCGGUCAGAUACCAGGUGCGCCAUCCUGAUUUCCCUUUGAAUGAGGCGGAUAUGCGGACGUACGCCCAACGCUCCUUCCUCUUGGCGACGCUAUGGGCAAUGGCCGGCGACGCUACCGACGAAGUGAGGCAGGAGGUAUGUGCCGCUGUAGCCAAGCUGCCGUCCAUGCCGACGGUCCCAGGCCGUACAUGGUUCGACGUCGAUGUGGACAUCGCGCCUGGUGCGCCAUGGCGUGCAUGGUCGGAGGCCGUGCCGAAAAUCCGCGUGGAUGCACGUGUGCUCACAACGAGUGACUUGAUCAUCCCUACGGUCGAUACAGUACGACAUGAAUCGCUUCUGCAGAUGUGGCUGCAUGAGCAGCGGCCUGUCGUGCUAUGUGGCCCGCCCGGAGCCGGUAAGACUAUGGUCCUACUGGAAGUCCUGCGUCGUUGGCCGGACGUGGAUGUCGUGACGCUAAACUUCUCGUCGCAGACGACAUGCGAUACGUUGCUACGUACGUUGGAGUCGCACUGUGUGUACGAGUAUACCGCCAGUGGUCAACGCCUGGUCCCACGAGCGCCUGGUCGUCGGUUGGUGUUGUUCUGCGACGAAAUCAAUUUGCCGACGCCGGACGCAUGUGGUACGCAGCGUGUCUUGGCACUGCUGCGACAGUGGAUUGAGCAUGGCGGCUUUUACCGCCAGCUGGCCUGGGUCACGCUGGAACGUAUCCAAAUUGUCGGUGCAUGCAAUCCACCCACCGACGCUGGACGUACACCGCUACCGCCUCGGUGGCUGCGGCAUACGCCCGUGGUCUGGGUGGGCUAUCCCUCAGACGAGGCCUUGGUACAGAUUUACAGCACGCUGGCGCAGGCGCUCUUGCAGUCUAUGCCGUCACUCCUAGGCUAUGUCGAUGCCGUGGCGCGGGGUAUGGUGACGUACUUCCGCGCGACGCAAGCGCACUUUUCUACGGCGCAGCAGGCGCAUUAUGUGUACUCUCCGCGUGAGUUGACGCGGUGGAUUCGUGGCAUGCACCAACUGAUGACGACCGAUACCGACUUGGACGACCUAGUUCGAAUCUGGGCGCAUGAAGCAUUGCGUGUCUUCCAGGACCGCCUUGUGACCCCAGAGGACAAGGCAUGGAGUGACGAGGCGCUGGACGAGGCGGCCCGUACUGCCUUCCCCGGCUUGGAUGUGCGUCGCGUGCUACGUCGGCCGUUGCUGUACUCAGACUGGCUCUCGCGAACAUCGAAGCGCGUUGAUCGUGAGGCGCUACGUUCGUAUGCGCACGCGCGUCUGCGUGGCUUUGCAGAGGAAGCGCUGGAGACAGAGCUGGUCUUGCAUGAUGCUGUGCUUGACUUGGCCCUACGCUGCGACCGUGUAUUGCAGCAGCCGGCAGGCCACUUGCUGCUGAUCGGUGUCGCAGGCUCUGGCCGCACGACUAUGGCGCGCUUUUGUGCGUGGCUGCGAGGCUUGGCGCUGUACAAUCUGCCCACGUCGCGUGCCUACGACGAAGCCCGCUUUGACGAUGACCUGCGUGCGCUCUUGCGUCGGGUGGGUAUUCGUGGCGAGCGUGUGUGCUGGACGCUGGACGAGAGCCAAAUGGCCGUGCCGGCGCGUGUAGAGAAACUCAACACACUCUUGGCCAACGCCGAGGUGGCUGGGCUCUUCGAGGGGGAUGAGUACACGUCGUUGUUGUCAGCCUUGCGUGACGCAGCUCAACGCCAAGGCUUGGUGUUGCAUGCCGACGACGAACUGCUCUCGUUCUUCCGUGCCCAGAUCACGGCGAAUCUGCACGUGGUACUCACGAUGACGCCACCACGCGACGAUCUGACCAAGCGGGCGACAGCCUCGCCAGCGUUGUUGAACCGAUGCACCUUAGUCUAUUGCUGGUGA